AUGAGCGGAAGCGAGAGCGACGGCGAGGCCUCGGUGUCGUCGAGGCAAGCGUCCGAGAGGGGAGAGUCGAUCGCCGCGGAGCACACCGAUUCGCCAUCACCGAUCGCCAGCGCCGCCGAGGACGCGGCGGCCGGCAAGGUGGCCAAGUCGCCGGGGUCCAAGAAGCGCAAGGAGUCGACGUCGACGGUCGCCGGCGACAGCGGGGAGCCGGCAGCCAAGAUCACCAAGCGGCGCGCCGCCCGCGCCUGCGUGAGCUGCCGGGCCAGGAAAGUCCGCUGUGACGUGGUCGAGGGAGCUCCCUGCGGCAACUGCAGGUGGGACAACGUCGAGUGUAUCGUCCAGGAGAGCAGGAGGCGAAAGUGA